GGUAACUACGCAGUACUUAUUAUGAAGGACUCAAAAGCCCAAUCAACGCCCAAAGACUAGCCUGUCUGUCUGUAGGUGUGCGACGACGUCGCAAGACUGGAUUGGAUGGAGCUUUGAUUCAAUGAUGAAUCCUGACGAAUCAUCCUUCUCCCGCCGUUGCAAAACGGCCAGAUCGCGGCUUGCCGAACAGCUCACCUUGAAGGGAGCUUCCAACGUGCCCGCGAUGCUGGAGCUUGAUAGGCUCUAUUUAUCCAGCAGCCUGGGAGCCUUUUAUAUUUGAAGGCCUCCGGAGAGUCGGCGAUGCAAGGCGGAAAUCAACCCUGCCUGUCUGAGUCUAUGUAUCGAGUGCUUUUGGAAGAUUCAUGGGGACCUAUCUGAGUAUCGCCCCCAAGGCCUCAAUAUUUACUUCUAAUUCUGUGUGACUACAUAACUUUGGCUGGCCUCUGCUGGGUUUAAUUUUUUGACGUUCUCAGAGGAGGUUCGAAUCCCGGACACACAUAUAUUUUUUACGGUAUCAUUCCCUACUAAGUGCCCUUCUUCCAAAAGACUUGCAAUUCGUACCCAGUGUCAGAUCAAUGUUGAACUUCAUAGAAACGUUCCGCGGUUUCGUGACCAGGACUCCUCCCGUUGCCUACACCACCACCCAAGACUAUACAGGAAUCUUAUUUCCUCACCCGGAUACCCCCUGAAAUCCGCGUUCUAAUCUACAAACUCAUCUUCGGCCGCGAUACAAUCCACCUCUUGCACAACAAGGGCCGUAUCAGUCAUAUCCGCAUACCCUCUACGAAGCCGAACUAGGCGCAACGAAUAUGAUCAUUUUUACUUUCAAUGCUCAGUCGACAGGUUGCAGGUCGCAGGUCUCCAGCCUUCCUCCUAACAUGCCACCAAAUCCACAAUGAGGCCGCCCCUCUCUUCUACUCCACGCCUGUCUUCCAGGAGACAUGGAAUCCAUUCGCCAAGCUCAUCGGGCCGGAGAACCUGUUCACAUGUCAGAUUCCUCCGGGCGCCACCCACCCGUCCACCUCUAGCUGGCGUAGAGUUGCUCCGGACCGCCCGCUUCCACCAUCAGUAGCAGGGGGAGCCAACCAAAGACAGUGGUGGGACCGAUGCUGUGGGCCUCGUCGGUGGCGGCGGAUAGUAGCUACAACAAGGACGAGGAGAGGAACGUCUAUGAUGAGUUCUGCGAUAUAUUGGCGACGAAAAUGUAUGGACUAAGGGUUCCUCAUGCUUGUUCUGGUGUCGCUGCCUGCUGGCCCGGUUCGGUCGCUGGACGCUGAGUGGCAUCGUCCCAUCCGGCGCCUGAGGGGACUGAUGGAGUUUUCGCUUGAGAUACGGAAUGAGUCUGAUGCGGAGGCUGAGGAUACGGAGGCCUUGGUAAGGUUUUUGAGGGAGACGGUUUGUACGCGGAGACAGAGGAGGGGGGGGGGGGUUGUGUUGAAGUAAUUCGGACUGGCUUGUUGCCCGUCCGUCCGAAGGGGAGCGGAGGCAAGGGAGGAGAGUGCUUAGAUGUAAUGUACUAGUGAAACUGCGCCUGUACUCUCCUUCGAUAACUAUAUGAUAAUUCCUCAUUGUUACAUCGCGUGUGGUUUUAAGAGGUUCUUGAGGCUAGCCUUCCUUUUAAUUUAAGCAUAUUUAUUUUGCUUAUAAGAAAGUAAGAUCCUAAUCUGAUACUAUCCCUUGAUAAAACAAGUAGGUUAAUGAAUAUCAAGUUCAUCCUGUCAUAAGAAAAAAGAAAAG